AUGGUGUUUAUGAAUUUGUGUAGAAGGGGGUUCUCUCAAGGGGGGAGAAUUCAAAACCAUUUUAAUAAUAGAAGAGUGCAUUUGACGAAGAAUAAUUUUUUGCCCUUUUGCAUUACCCAUUUGACGGGGCAUAAAGGAAGGCUUUUUCAGAGUGGCUCACCACCCACAGUGAUUUCAUCGUCGGGGGGGCAUAAACACGUGGGUGCUUGGCAUCGCGGCGGAAGUGUCUACCCUUGUACCCCCCCGCUCCUCCUAUUCAGUGGACGUGGCAAUUUUUGUAACCAGCCCUUUCACAGUGGCAGACUCCUCCACAGGGGAGAAAUCCUCAGCAGCAUAUUGCACCCAUCCCUUCUGGGCAGCCAAAAGAAGUGGACGACAUGGGGUGCAAAUUUUAACUCCGUUUCGAAAGAGAAAAAUGGUUUACCUGAUGAAGCAGAUGCAAGGAGGAGAGGAGACGAGCCAGAAUGGGCACACGUGGGUAAGAGUGGUGAGGGAGAUCAUAACGGAGUUGAAGAAUUGGCAGAGGAAAGGGAAGAAAACGAGGUAACAUCAGAGGGGUGUGUCAAUGGGGACAAAACAGCGUCACGUGAACGCCCCAAUGGAAACUACCUGCAGAACGCGCACUCACUCCUGGUGACGAAAAAGAUUAAGGAGGCAUUAAGCAACCUGAGGGACAAACACAGUUACAGAGUAAUCUCAAAAAAAAUUAAAAAGGAAAAGAAUAAAAUAAAUGCACUACUCUCCAUCUACCACUUAAAAAAAGGAAGCCUAAAGCAAAACCUGAAUGAACACAUAUACAGAAAAGCCAUCAUGCACACAAAGACAAAAAUUUUUCAGGUUUUAAAAAAGAAUAACAAAAGGUCCAUUAUGGAUAUAUACUAUGAAGAAAAACGAAAAUAUAAACUACGAAAGGAAAAGCUGUUAGAACUACAAGAAAAAUUAUUUACAAACUCUAGACUGGCAAAAAUAAAUGUAAAAAAAUUUUUUAAAAAAUAUGGUUACAUUGGAUUCGGUACCUACUUUGUAGUAUUUGUUUUAACAUUUUCAUGUAGCUAUUUGUUUGUCCACUUCAAAUAUAUUUCGUUGGCUGACUUAACUUACUGGUCUGAAAAAAUGCACUUAACUAAAUACAUGAAUGACGACCUACAAAAAAAAAUUGAUUCGGUGUGGGGGGAACUCAUUUUCGCUUACAUCGCUUCCAAGAUCACUGAACCCGUUCGAAUUGUAAUAACCAUUCUGAUCACUCCUUACAUUGCUAAGGUGAUUAGACUCAAGAGGAGCAGUCGGAUCAAGUCUUUUUAG